AUGAAGCUCCAGCAAAUUCUAUCUAUUCUUUCACUGUCGACGAUCGUCGCAGCUGGUGACUUUUACGCGACCUGCAACAUCCAAGAUAUCCAGGAGAACCACGUCCUGAAUGCCAAAUGUGGCGGCCCCAACGGCAGUCUGCGCAGCAUCCUCGACCUGGAUAAAUGCUAUGGUGUUAACGCGGACGGAAACCUCGUACCCAUGGAGAAUGGUAAAUAUACCGGUCGCUGCCAGCUCUGCAGUGUCACCUACGACGGGGAGAUGUUGUGUCAGUGCCUGGACAGUGACGAUAAGACGGUUAAAACCACGAUUGAUCUGAGUAUGCCUAGAUGCGAGAUUGAAUGGAAUGAGAAGCUAAUGGUGUUAGAUGAUAUCAUCUCCAAUAAAGAUGGAAUUCUUCACUGUCAUGUGGGAGCGGGCGUUGAUGGGUCGUGCUUGAAGCAGUGGAGAACGGAUGACGAGUGUCCCUAG